AUGACCGCCACGAACGCUACCACAUACUUCCUCGACGCCAGUCAGCUUCGCUACCUCUCCAAUCACCACCCUGUAUACUACACUCCUCGAGUCCAGCUCCUGCCUGGUUUCGCAGACCACCUCUUUGCUCUUGCGGUACCCAUCAUUGGCUACUGGGUUUUUAGUCUUUUCUUCCACUGCCUUGACAUCUCCAAUUUGCGGUGGCUUGACAAGUACCGCAUUCAUGAGAGCGCAGAGGUCAAGUCCCGCAACCUGGUCACCCGCGCGGAUGUCAUUCUUGCUGUCAUCUUUCAGCACAUCAUCCAGACCCUCGUUGGUAUUUGGUGGGUAGAAGAGAAGCCAACCGGCAGCCAGGUAGACCAUGUUGCCAACAUGCUCCAGCUCGCUCCCACGUUGGCUCGGGGCGUAACAUUCGUCUUCGGCGAGGAGGCAGGGGCGCAAUUGCUCGCGGAGCGCGGUGCCGAUGGUCUCUACACCCUCUACUGGUGGGCUAUCCCUAUCGCCAAAUUCUUCUUUGGAAUGUUCUUCAUCGACACAUGGCAGUACUUCCUCCACCGCGGCAUGCACAUGAACACAUACCUCUACAAGAAGUUCCACUCGUGGCACCACCGCCUCUACGUCCCCUACGCUUUCGGCGCGCUCUACAACCACCCUCUCGAGGGCCUUAUCCUCGAUACCGCCGGAGCGGGUGUCGCUGAGUGGGUUGCCAACCUCAGCACCCGCGAGGCCAUGUUCCUUUUCCUCGUCUCUACUCUCAAGACUGUAGACGACCAUUGCGGCUACAGGCUGCCUUGGGACCCUCUCCAGCUCUUCAGCCCCAACAAUGCAGACUACCACGAUAUCCACCACCAGGUGAUUGGUAUCAAAUCCAAUUUUUCCCAACCGUUCUUCAUUCACUGGGAUGCCAUCCUCGGAACUCGCAUGACGCGCAAAGACAUCGAAGAGCGCCGGGCAAAGCAAAAGGCCAAAACGCAGUAG